CGCGACACGUCACAUUUCACGUGGUCGGCAUCCCACACAGUGCGCCUGGCAUCCUGGUUGUCAUCUCUGGGUUUUAAUUUGGUGCUGCCGCGAAUGUCUUGGUGCCCACCCACCUCCCAGCGGGCCCCUCUGUCCCGCCGCUGGAUGCAGUGAGGGCUCCGGAGGCAGGGGUCUCACACCCCAUCCUGGAGACGGCAGGUGGCGCGGGCAGGAGGGCUGCUUGGACGGGAGACGGGCCAGGGAACCGUGAGGACCCUGCGCACUCCACGCCCAGGGAUGGGCAGGCGAUGGGUGGACACCCAGUCCCUUCCUCGAGGCCCACUGUGCACAGGACCCCCUACCUGGGAUGAGCCCACACGAGGUGACCCACACAGUUGAGUUGAGGCACCCUGAGGGCUCGGGGCCUGGCGAAGAUGACACAGAGGAGCCAAGAUUCUGGAAAGGAGGGGUAACGAGGUCAUAGCAGGGCAGCCUCAGCUCUCCCUCCUACCCAGCAGGGCCCGGGCUGCCCCUGAGCUCCAGGGAGCUGCCAGGAAUGUAAUCCAAGAGUUGCCAGGCAGUGGAAAAAUUUGGGUUCUUGUAGGAGCUAAAAAUACAGUGUGGCAGCCCCUGCCUCCCAGUUCCGGAACCCCCCUCCUGCCGUUUUACGCCCACCCCGGGGGAAGACAGCUAACUCUUUGCACCCGCCCCCGCCCUCGCUGGCUCUGGGCCCAGAAGCACCCCAGCCCCUUUGCUGAUGCUGGCAGGGCUACCCCAAAGCUGUCUCCCCAGCCUCAGGCAGCCGGUCCCCCUCACCGGCGCCUUCCUUAGCCCUGGCCCCCGCCCCGGCCCCAGAGUCCCUCCGCCUGCCCUUGCAGGGAUUGAGGAACAGAAGGCCUCACCCACCUCCACGAGGUGCCAAGUGCUUAGCCCGGAGUCUGGGCUUCCCCACCCUACCACGCUGCUCAAAGCCCGAUGGACCCGUGCAGGGCCUCCCAGCAGCCGUGCCCAGGACACAGCUCAGUGCCCAGUGCCUGCCUGGACCGGCUCGCCCUCUCUGGCUCAGUUUCUCCAUCUGCAGGGGCUGGUCUGGGAGGUCUGGGAGGCCAGCUUUGACCCUACCCCAGCCAUACGCACGCACUCAGUUUGACGACUGCCAAGCAGGGGCGGUGGCUUCCCGAGAGUCUGCACAGCUGCCCAGGCAUGAGGGUGCCCAGGUGGAGGUGCCAGCGUCACCGUGUCAGGCUGGCCAGGUGCAGGAGGAGAGCCAGAUGGCUGUCUGAGGAAGUGGCAUCUGCGUGGGCUGGGCGAGUGCCCAUGAGCAGGACACCCAGAUCGGUGGGCUGACCCUAGGAAAGCUCAGAGGAGACCCUACCUUCUGGAGUUCCCGUCCGAAGGGGAAGGCGUGACCCCGUCCAAGUGGAGACCCCACGUUAAUGGAAGAAAAAAGUUCAGCAAGAUGUCGGUGAAGGAGGGCACGCAGCGCAAGUGGGCAGCGCUGAAGGAGAAGCUGGGGCCUCAGGACUCGGACCCCACGGAGGCCAACCUGGAGAGCGCUGAGCCCGAGCUGUGCAUCCGGCUCCUGCAGAUGCCCUCCGUGGUCAACUACUCGGGGCUGCGCAAGCGGCUGGAGAGCAGCGACGGCGGCUGGAUGGUGCAGUUCCUGGAGCAGAGCGGCCUGGACCUCCUGCUCGAGGCCCUGGCGCGCCUGUCGGGCCGCGGCGUGGCCCGCAUCGCCGACGCCCUGCUGCAGCUCACCUGCAUCAGUUGCGUGCGCGCCGUCAUGAACUCCCAGGAGGGCAUCCAGUACAUCCUCAGCAACCAGGCCUACGUGCGCCAGCUCUCCCAGGCUCUGGACACAUCCAACGUGAUGGUCAAGAAGCAGGUGCUGGAGCUGCUAGCGGCCCUGUGCGUCUACUCACCGGAGGGCCACGCCCUGACCCUGGACGCCCUGGACCAUUACAAGACGGUGUGCAGCCAGCAGUACCGCUUCAGCGUCAUCAUGAACGAGCUCUCGGACAGCGACAAUGUGCCCUACAUGGCCACCCUGCUCAGCGUGGUCAACGCCAUCAUCCUGGGCCCCGAGGACGUCCGUGCCCGCGCCCAGCUGCGCAGCGAGUUCAUUGGGCUGCAGCUGCUGGACGCUCUGAUGCGGCUACGAGACCUGGAGGACGAGGACCUGCUAAUCCAGCUGGAGGCCUUCAGGGAGGCCAAGGCCGAGGACGAGGAGGAACUGCUGCGGGUCUUCGGGGGCGUCGACAUCAACAGCCACCAGGAGGUCUUCGCCUCCCUCUUCCACAAGGUGAGCUGCUCCCCAGCGUCUGCCCACCUGCUGUCUGUGCUGCAGGGCCUCCUGCAUCUGGAGCCCACCGUCCGCUCCAGCCAGCUGCUCUGGGAGGCCCUGGAGAGCCUGGUGAACCGGGCCGUGCUCCUGGCCAGUGACACCCAGGAGUGCACCCUGGAGGAGAUGGUCGAGCGGCUCCUGUCCAUCAAGGGGUGGCCCCGCCCGCGCUCCCUGGACAAGGCCCACAAGGGCGUCCAGGUCAACCUGGGCCAGAGUCAAAGGGGCAGCUCCCCCCAGAACACCGGUGCCCCGACGGUGGGGGUCGGGGGCCAGCAGCCAGCGGCAGCCCUCACUGGCCUGCACGUUGCCAGUGUCCAGGGCGAGAGUGGCAGGAUGGCGCCACAGCCCACAGCUCCGGAGCAGCUGGAGCCCACCCCACCCCCAGCUGCACCCCCCCUCCCUGGCACCGCAACCUGUCCCCCGCCCCCGCCCCCACCCCCACCACCUCCUCCACCCCCGCCCCUGCCAAGCCUGGGGGCCGCGUUCCCCUCACCCCCACCUCCCCCACUGCCUGGCCCUAGUGGGACCAUACCCCCCCCACCUCCACUCCCAGGCCUGGGGUGCCCGCCCCUGCCCCCGCCCCCGCCCCUGCCGGUCACCUCCAGGCCCCCUGCAGCGGGCGGCGCAGAGGAGAUCAUCGUGGCCCACGUGGGCCACAGCCUAGGCUCCGCCUGGGUCCCCAGCCACCGGCGGGUGCAGCCCCCCACCCUGCGCAUGAAGAAGCUGAAUUGGCAGAAGCUGCCGUCCACCGUGGUCCGAGAGCGCAGCUCCAUGUGGGCGUCACUGAGCAGCCCGGACGCUGAGGUGGUGGAGCCUGACUUCUCCAGCCUCGAGCAGCUCUUCUCCUUCCCCGUGGCCAAGCCCAAGGAACAAGCAGUGGCUCCAGCCAGGAAGGAGCCCAAGGAGAUCACUUUUCUGGACUCCAAGAAGAGCCUGAGCCUCAACAUCUUCCUGAAGCAGUUUAAAUGCUCCAACGAGGAGCUCACCGCUAUGAUCCGGGCUGGGGACACCAGCAAGUUUGACGUGGAGGUCCUCAGGCAGCUCCUCAAGCUCCUCCCCGAGAAGCACGAGAUUGAAAACCUGCGCUCCUUCACAGAGGAUCGGGCCAGGCUGGCCAGCGCUGACCAGUUCUACCUACUCCUGCUGGGCAUCCCCUGCUACCAGCUCCGGGUCGAGUGCAUGCUGCUGUGUGAGGGUACGGCCGUUGUGCUGGACAUGGUGCGGCCCAAGGCCCAGCUGCUGCUCGCCGCCUGCGAGAGCCUGCUCGCCAGCCACCGGCUGCCCGUCUUCUGCCUGCUGAUCCUGAAAAUCGGGAACUUCCUCAACUACGGCAGCCACACCGGGGACGCUGACGGCUUCAAGAUGAGCACGCUGCUGAAGCUCACGGAGACCAAGGCCCAGCAGAGCCGCGUCACGCUGCUGCACCACGUGCUGCAGGAGGUGGAGGAGAGCCACCCGGACCUCCUGCAGCUGCCCCAGGACCUGGAGCCGCCCUCCCGAGCGGCAGGGAUAAACCUUGAGAUCAUCCACUCGGAGUGCAGCACUAACCUGAAGAAGCUUCUGGAGAUGGAACGGAAGGUGUCUUCCUCCAUCCCGGAGGUGCAGGAGCAGUACUCCCAACGCCUCCAGGCCAGCAUCACAGCCUCCCAGGAGGUGGAGGAGGUAUUCCAGGCCAUCAAGCAGAAGCAGCUGGAGCUGGCCGCCUACCUGUGUGAGGACGCCCAGCAGCUGUCCCUGGAGGACACGCUCAGCACCAUGAAGGCCUUCCGGGACCUCUUCAUCCGCGCCCUGAAGGAGAACAAGGACCAGAAGGAACAGGCGGCCAGGGCUGAGAGGAGGAGGCAGCAGCUGGCGCAGGAGGAGGAGGCCCGGAGGCUGCGGGGCGAGGACGGGAAGCCUGUCAGGCAGGGAGGCGGGAAGCAGGAAGAGGUGUGUGUCAUCGACGCCUUGCUGGCUGACAUCAGGAAGGGCUUCCAGCUGCGCAAGACGGCCCGUGGCCGAGGGGACACCGAGGUGGCCAGCAGGGCGGCUGCCGCAGACCCCCCGAGGAGCAAGGCACCUGCGGCCACCAGGGACCCCGUGGGAGGCACCAGCCUCCCCACCUCUGAGUCUGGUCCCGACGCUGCAGCGGCCAAGGAGCCCCGCGGCUGGGCUCUCGCGGAUGCCGCCCCCAGCAGCGCCCAGCCCACUGGAGACUCAUCAGAGAAGGGUGGUCCUGGGUCCCUGGAGAGGCGUUCUUCCUGGUACAUGGAUGCCAGUGAUGUCCUGGCCACCGAGGACCCCCUGGGCCCCCAGCCCUCUGCAGGGGCCUGGCCAUUGGUGCUGGGAGACACUCAGGCCCUGAAGCCCCUCAGCUUCUCCAGUGACAAGCCCUCCACAGCAAUGGGUUUGAGCCAAGACACCGAGGAACCCACGGCCCCUCCAGGCGCCCGCCAGGCCGAGGCUGACACCACACGCGAGGGCGCGGAGGACGCAGGUGCCCACAGCCGCGGUGCUGGCGUCCCUGCUGCAGGCCGUGGCGGGGACGGAGACGAAGAUGAGGAGCGCACAGCCCCAGACUCCGCUCUGGACACCUCCCUGGACAGGUCCUUCUCCGAGGAUGCCGUGACUGACUCGUCAGGGUCUGGCACCCUCCCCAGGGCCCAGGGCCGGACGUCAAAGGGCACAGGCAAGCGAAGGAAGAAGCGCCCCUCCAGGAGCCAGGAAGAGGUUGACCUUGACCCUGACGAUAAUAAAACAAAAAGACUCUGUGUGAUCCAGUAAGGCCUCAGGCCCCGGCCCAGAACCAAGUGAGAGGACCCGCAGCAGGACCGCUGGACGUGCUGCCGAGCAGGGCUCCUCCGGGGCCAGGCUGGGACCGGCCCCCGGGAAACCAAAACUCUGUGCCUUACCCAGCCAGUGCCGCGGUCUCCCGGAGCCCUGGCAGGGGCUUGUGGCUGGGACCCCAAUGGGCACUGGGGCCCGGCCCCCCUGGCGCCUUCCUGGCCCGCCUGAAUGCCCCCAGCCCCUCGCGGUUUGCUUUCCAAACGCCGCUGCCCAGCCCCAACCCCACACCGCAUGCACCACGGCGCCCGCCCACAGCCUGCAGGGGGCAGGGUCAGGUGGCUGCGGGCCCGGGCACCGCUGAGCUUGUGACCUGGCACCCAGCUGCUUCUGGGGACAGGCCCUCACAGACCCCCUCCCCCUGAAGCUGCGGUUAGCCGGGGGUGGGGAGGGGGCUGGAGCCCCGGCGCCACAGCUCAUCCCCCCAGCCCACUCAGUUGGUCUGAAGCAGUCGUGUUUAACUGAAAUGGGAUUGUUGAUGGGGUUCUACAGUUCUGUGGUGGCCGAGUCGGGGAUAGGUAGGUGGGUGAGAGGACCCCAGGGCCUUUGGGUAGAGGCAGCCUGUCUGGCAGUGCAUGGGAGGGCCAGCGUCCCCCUACUCAGCAGGGGGGGACCCCAUGGAGCUGACACCCAUCCUAGCAUCUCCAGCCCUGAGGUGGGGAGGGGUCUGCCCUUGUGGCCACAGCUGGGACCUGGUCCCCUCGUCGACAACACGACCCGCCCUGCGAACUGCUGCUCCCACCCCCAGACCCGGCUGGGCUGAGGGGAGGCCAGGGUCCAGGCCUAGGGGACCGGACGGAUCUGGCCAGAGGGGCUGCCACCUCUCGUCUCUGACCCCAUGGGCCCCCUGCCUGCACUGCACCCCCGCCCACCCCCCACCCCCCCACCGUGUGCUGCUGAGAUGGAGGAACUUUGGCCAAUAAAGAGCAAAGCUUGCCCA